AUUCUAGCUUUCAGAAAUUGCGCUGACAUUUUUAAAUCAGGCCAAAAAAGAGACGGUGUUUACGUCAUCAAACCUGACGACCGAUCAGCUUUUGAUGUCUUCUGCGACCAAACAACGGCCGGUGGAGGAUGGACGGUAUUCCAGAAAAGAAUCGACGGUUCCGUUGACUUCAACCUCAACUGGAGCGAUUAUAAGCGUGGCUUCGGAGAUCUUAGAGGCGAGUUUUGGCUUGGCUUGGACAGGAUUCAUCGCCUGACUUCAGAUAAUAACAGCAUGUUACGAGUAGACAUGGCGGACUUCGAAGGGAGAAGUGCUUAUGCCGAAUACAGCUCUUUUGGUGUCAGGAGUGAACAUGACAAGUACCGGUUGAUCCUUGGUUCUUAUAACACAUCAGGUGACUAAACUAAUUUACAUGCGCAUUGUGUAAUUCCAAGGCUUGCUUCAUGCGAUGACCGGAGACAACAACAACAAUUUUAACACAAACAAAGACAGAAAAGUUAGUAAAGUAAUUGAAUAAGAGAUAGAACAUUGUUAAGAAAGUUAAGAAAAAUACUAAGCCCAGCGGUUAAAAAAUUUCACGUAAAACGAAAUUCGAUAAUGGUUAAUCAUUUAGUAAAUGAUUUAGAUGAUAUCUAAGAGAAUUUUUGUCCCUUUUCCCAGCAUUUUGUUGAUAAAAUAGUGUUUGAAGGGUUCUGGUUCUUGAGAGGAGUAUAAUUAAGAUAUUUUAUUAACCCUGUCAGUCUCGUCUUCGGGUUUCAUUUCUUACUUCCUUCCUAUCACCACUUACUUUCAUUGUGUACUCGAAGCCAUUUUGGUAACUAUAUGCACAAUUCAGUUUUAUAGCUCUGCAAAGGGAUUUAUUUGUUUGCAUUUUUCCCUGUUAGUUUUGAGUCAUACUGAGAUAAAACCGAACAAAACCUUGGCUCCUGUACACGCUCUUCUACAUGAGAAAUUACAUCCAAGGUUAACUUUUAAACCAGGAUUAAAGUCAACCCCUUUUCGAACAACCCUGCCCAGAAUAACAGAUAUGCAGCAAUUAAACCUACUCUUGCAAGAGCAGUGGCGGAUCUAGGGAAGAGGCCCGGGGGACCCAAUCCACUUCUCCCUUCCUUAUUUUGGGUUAAAAAAAAAAGAAAAAAAGAAAAGAAGGAAUCGCAGAGGGAAGAAAAUCCGGCAGUCCAAGCGACAGAAAACCUCCCCCUCUCCUCCUUCCUUAGCGCAAGGUCUGGAUCCGCCACUGAAGACAGUAUAACUUUUAAAUACUUUCCUGGUUUUUGCUUUGGUAAAUUUCUCAGCAACCGCUGGUGACUCCUUCUCUUACCAUCGUGGCUGGCCAUUUUCUACUCCGGAUGAAGAGAACGAUUUCAAACCCACUGGGAACUGUGCCCUCGAGUACCAUGGUGGCUGGUGGUUUAAGUGGUGUCACAAGGCUUUUUUGAAUGGUCCCUACAUACAUGGGCCUAACCCUGAUCACGGCGAAGGCAAUAUUUGGGAACAUUUUCGAGGUGUUCGUUACUCAUUGAAGAGCUCUCAGAUGAAAAUAAGACCUCGAGACUUUUAA